ACACUUAAUAACUCGACAGAUCGAGAGCUUGGAUCGAUAUAUAUGCUCUGGUAUCCCUGAAUCGUGCGGCGCGGUUGGUACGCGAGAUCACCAUUCUAUUUAAUUGUCUUCCUCCUUGCGGCGGCGACUUGGGGAGGGCAGAUCAGCGGCGGACAAAGAAGCUAAGCGGCCAUUAGCGGCGGACAAGCGGCCAUUAUUCCGCUUCCGGUGAGCAGGUAUGACCUGCCUGCAGGCAGAGGCAACAGGCAGGAGCGGAUCUACUAGUCGUUGUAUAUAAGUGAACUGGGAGUGUUUGCCGCUUCCCUCAUCAAGUAUAUAUACAAGCGUAGAAGCCAUAUGGGAGAAGUGCGUGUUUUGAAGAUCGAAAUAUAUAUACAGUAUACAUAAGCGUAGAGGCCAUGGGAGAAGAGAAUAAGCAACGUCCGAAUGGCCAUGGCGGAAAGAACAGGUACGCCGUGGCGUGCUCCAUUAUUGGCUCCAUCAUCUCCAUCCUCAUGGGCUAUGACACGGGUGUCAUGAGCGGCGCGAUGCUGUUCAUCAAGGAGGACCUUAAGACCAACGACACGCAGGUCCAGGUCCUCGCCGGCAUCCUGAACGUCUGCGCCCUUGUCGGCUCCCUCACGGCCGGCCGCGUCUCCGACUGGAUCGGCCGCCGCCGCACCAUCUCCCUGGCGGCCUGCAUCUUCCUCGCGGGGUCAGUCCUGAUGGGCCUCUCGCCUAACUUCGGCACGCUCCUGGCAGGACGCUGCGUGGCGGGCGUCGGCGUCGGCUACGCGCUCAUGAUCGCGCCCGUCUUCGCGGCUGAGAUUUCGUCCGCGCAGAUCCGCGGCUCCGUCACCUCCCUCCCCGAGAUAUGCAUCAGCUUCGGCAUCCUGAUUGGGUACGUGGCCAACUACCUGCUAGGCAAGCUGCCGCUGGUCUACGGCUGGCGCGCCAUGCUGGGGCUCGCCGCGCUGCCGAGCGCCGUGCUCGCAGUCAGCGUGCUCGCGAUGCCGGAGUCGCCCCGGUGGCUCGUCAUGCAGGGCCGCGUCGACCAGGCCCUCGUCGUGCUCAGGCGUGUGUCCGACACUCCCGGCGAGGCCGAUGUUCGCCUCGCCGAGAUCAAGGCCGCGGCGGGGCUGCAGGCGGCAGAUGACGACGCCGCCGCCGCCGCCGCCGCGGCCCAAGCCCAAGGCGCACCUGGCCGCCAGCCGAGACCACCGCCGAGAGGUGCCGUCGGCAAUGGCGUGUGGAAGGAGAUGUUCCUGCACCCGACGCCCCCCGUCCGGCGUAUCCUUGUCGCCGCCUUCGGAGUCCACUUCUUCCAGCACCUCACGGGAAUCGAGGCCGUGGUCCUGUACAGCCCUCGCAUCUUCAAGGCAGCCGGCAUCGCCACCCGCAGCGAGAUCCUUGCGGCGACCAUCGGCGUCGGCGUCUCCAAGACGGUGUUCAUCAUGGUAGCCAUCCUGCUAGUGGACCGCAUCGGGCGGAGGCCGCUCUACCUCUCGAGCCUGGCGGGGAUCAUCGCCUCGCUCGCCUGCCUCGGCCUUGGCCUCACCGUCGUGGAGCGCUCGGCGCCGCGCCACUCGCCGACGUGGGCGGUGGUGCUGUCCAUCGCGACGGUGUUCACCUUCAUAGCGUCCUUCUCCGUCGGCGUGGGGCCCAUCACCUGGGCGUACAGCUCGGAGGUGUACCCGCUCCGGCUGCGCGCGCAGGGCGCCAGCGUCGGGGUGGCCAUCAACCGCGUCAUGAACGCCGGCGUCUCCAUGACGUUCGUGUCGCUGUACAAGGCGGUGACCAUCGGCGGUGCCUUCUUCCUGUUCGCCGGGCUGGCCGUGCUGGCGGCCACGUUCUUCUACUUCCUCUGCCCGGAGACGCAGGGCCGGCCACUGGAGGAGAUCGAGGAGGUGUUCAGCCGUGGGUGGCGCGCGCGGCUCCCGUCAUCGGAGGCACCUGUCGUGGAGCUUCCGGUGUCCAGCGUCACCGACGGCAACGCCAAAGCGCGGCCGUGACGCGAUAGCAACAAAAUAUGGAUGAAUCAUAUAUUCGUGCUAGUACAUGUGUUUGUAUAUGUCAACAUUUCUCAAUUGGGAGGAAAUAUUGCCGUAGCAUCUCCAAGUUUCCGAAAUAAUAAUUCAUAAAUCAACGAGCUUUA